GUUAAUUGGUGCGAGCGGUGCGUUGAAGACGGGGGGACAUCAGAGCGGCUCUCGCAUGCGGCGUCCUCUGCCUCCCCCUCAACUCCCCCCAACUCCAGAGAGGAGGGGCACUGCUGCUACUGCCGCCGCCACCACUGCCACAGCAGCACUCUCUGCCUGUCUGCCACCGGGCUUAGGAGCGGAGCGGAGAGGAGGACACAAUACAGAGAAGAAAAGAGAGAGAGAGAGAGAGAGAGAGAGGGAAAAGAGCACUGCAAAAGAAAGACGGGGACACCAGUCCGCUGUGCCCCCCCCACUCUGAUUUCUGAAAGCAGUCACUGGGAAAUGGCUCAGAAGUGAAUCACAGCUGAGAGCAUUGCAGCCACCAGGAAGGAGGUGUGAAGGACAAACGGGGUUGGAGGCAAAAGAGGAGGCAGUAUGCCAGGUGUGUCGGGAAUGAGGACAGGCGUCGGAGGGAGGAUGCUAGGUGUGUCAGGAAUCAGGACGAACAUCGGAGGAGGAUCUGGGAUGAAGAAAAGCACCUACAUAGUGCCAUGUUUCCUUUUCGUGGAGCUGGUGAUCAUGGCCGGGACGGUUCUCCUGGCGUACUACUUUGAGUACACGGACACGUUCCCCGUCCACGUCCAGGGCUUCUUCUGCUUCGACAAGACCUUCUCCAAGCCCUACCCAGGACCGGAGGACGAGAGCAAGGCUCCCCCAGUGCUGGUCUACUCCCUGGUUACGGCCAUCCCUACUGUUCUGAUCCUGAUUGGGGAGCUGAUGCGCUUCUUUAACAAGUCAGCAGCCACUCAGGAGAGGACCAUCGUGAGUGCAGACUGCUGCUUCUUCAGUCCACUCCUGCGGCGCAUCGUUCGCUUCCUGGGUGUGUACUCCUUUGGCCUCUUCACCACCACCAUCUUCGCCAACGCUGGCCAGGUGGUGACAGGAAACCAGACCCCCCACUUCCUGUCCGCCUGCCGGCCCAACUACACGGCCCUGGGCUGCCAGUCUCCCGUGCAGUACAUCACUGAGAGGAGAGCCUGCACGGGAAACCCCUACCUGAUCGCCCACGCCCGCAGGUCCUUCCCCUCCAAAGAUUCCGCCCUCAGCAUGUACUCCGCUAUCUACACCGUGAUGUACGUGACAAAUGUGUUCCACACCAAGGGCACACGACUGACCAAGCCGACGCUGUGUCUGACGGCCCUGUCUCUGGCCGUGCUGGUGGGAGUGGUGCGGGUGUCGGAAUACCGCAACCACUGGUCAGACGUGCUCGCUGGGUACCUGACCGGAGGAUCCAUCGCCGCCUUCCUGGUGACCUGCGUGAUCAACAACUUCCAGCAGACGCGGCGUCCGGCCGUGGUGCCCCUCCCGCUGAGGCCGCUUCCCCCCCAGGCCACUCUGAGCAUGCCCGCCGUCACCCUGCCCCGUGUGGAGAGUCCACUCGAAAAGUUAAGUGGCCUUCAGGUAAGGGGCAGGAAGGAAGAGCGAAGGGGAGUGGGUGGGAGGCGGCAUACAGGCUCGACGGGGUCCCUAUACUGAGAUCACAUGACCAUCAGCCUUUCCUGUGCCCCGCCCCUCCCGACGUCCUUCUGCACUCGCGUCGCUGCAUCUCCAGCGCAGUCUAGACCUGCCCUCUGACCGCGCCCCCCUGUGUGCUGCACACCCCCGCGGCCGACCCCCCCUGCUCCGCUCCUACUCAACUCAGGUCUAGACAGAAUCCCCUCCCAUCUCACACACACACACACUCCCCCACACAUCAUAUCUACGCCCGUCUGGACUUUAAAAUAUUCCUACAGCAAUACAGUUGAAAUUUGUAUUAUAUUCGUCCCCUUCACCUUGUCCUCCAUUUCACUCCCUUUUGUCCUUCCCUCUUGGAUUUUUCUUCUUACGUGAAAAAGGAAAAGAAGUCGCCAGACUAUGGAAUGAACUUCAGCCAAAGUGCAACUUCUACUAAAAAGCAUUUAAGGUUUUAUUCGUUUUGAAUACUGCACAUGGAAAAUACAAUGAGCACGGCACACAAAGCUGAAACGAAAACAACAUACGGGGUCCAAAACUGAGAAAAGACAGAGCACUGCUAAUGGACUCUUCCUGUUUUACUGUUGCCAAUGUCACCUUUGCCUGUGGAAAUGGCUAUAGAAACAACGGCUAAGAACAUUACAUGGACAGUAUGGAAACAGCAAACUCAGACUGUUUUUCUUGAUUUUAUUCAAACCAGAAAACAACUAUUACACUAUAGGUAGAGUUGUAUAGCAGAGACACUGUGGUAUCUUUACAUGAUUUAAAUAAGGUUGAGUACUGUAGGUUGUUUUCUUGUUUUUUUGUGUGUGUGUGUUUUGUCAAAGUAUCGCUUUCCUGUUUAAAGUAUUCAGAUGCCCCUCGUUCAUGGCACCUGUAGCUCCAUCCAACAUUCCAAACCAGACCAUUCAAGUGUCAAUACCGUAUAGACAAGACGCUGGAUAAGUAUUAUGGGAAAUCCUGAAUUAGAUGGAUGUAAUGGACUGGUAUGACCAGUAGUAACAUAGUAGGCAUGCACAAGCACAUUCAUAUACACAAACACUGAAAGACAUUUUCCCUGUUCUGUAUACAAACUCAUCGCAAACUUGGUUAAUUGUUUUAUUCUCCUAUUGAUGUAAUUGUUUCAUUGCUUGAUAGCUAUGAUACGUCUGUUUUUUUUACCGUGUUCACAGACCUCACUUGGCAUGGACGUUUUAUGCUGAUGUUAGUUUGAGCAAAUGUCUUUGUUGUUUAACGGUUCCCUUUUUGAGACAGCCUGUGGUGUGGCAUGGGCCGGUGCUCUGCUCUGCUCUUCUCUUGUCAUGUCAUGUCUCGCCCCUCUGCAGCUCACCUCCUUUGUGUGACACUGAUCUCCAAACCACAUCCAUAACCACAUCACAUCCAUCUGCACAGAAAGGCCAACCCUUACACUUUUGCAGGGGUGGUUGUCUUGGCCAGUUGCUCAAAGCUUUCACUUUCACACAUCUCCUUCUCUUUCUUUUAUCCAUUGAAGUUCAUCAGGGUAUCUCCUACCCCCACAUACACACUUUCUACUUAUGAAACUGUAUAAUUUGUUUGAUACUUUCAUCAGUCUAGUGUGUCUGUCACUCAAAGGUCCAUCAGAGGAGGCAGAAGAGGACAGGGGGCCAUUUUACCACACAAGGCUCCAAUCCCCUGCCUCUCACCCUCUCCACACUGUAAUGUUUGUAAAAGUUUGUAAAUACAUUUCUUUUUCAAAUAAAAAUGGCUAUUUUAUGGAUA